UGCGUCGUAUAUUUAUCGCGUGCACACCGUCAAAAGCCUUUGAGCUCAGAAUACUAGAAUAAUACGCAUAAUUCAGUACAGACUGAUUUACAUUUGAAGGUGGAUAUAAAGAGCAAAGAUUGUUGAAAUGGCUGUCGUGAUCACCAACGUAUUGAUUUUCUGCGCGGUCUUCGUCGCCGCUCUUGGAACGGAGAAGUACCAUGUGGCGCUCCCAACCCCCGUUCCAGCUGACUGUCUGAAGUGUAUCUGCAUCGUGGAAUCCAAAUGUAAGAUGCCCGCUCAUGUUUGCCAUAUGGACGUCGGCUCUCUAUCGUGUGGUCCAUACCAGAUAAAGGACGAUUACUGGAACGACGCCAGGAUGAAAGGCGGGGAUCUCAUGGGAUCUUGGAGAAAGUGCACAGCUGAUAUGGGGUGCAGCAGUGAGACGGUACAGGGCUACAUGGCUCGUUACGCUGUCUUCAGUCGCCUUGAACACCAACCAACUUGUGAGGAUUUUGCCCGCAUACACAACGGCGGUCCGAAUGGUUAUAAUAAGACCUCUACGUUGAAAUACUGGUCCAGAGUCAAGGAAUGCCUCAAUUAAAGUUCAGUUGAAAUAUUAAUGUUUCUUCUUUAAUACCUGAAUUAGGCUAACAUAGUGUGAAUGAUGCAAUACCUCAGUCACGAUACCCCUUUUGAAACCCAGCCGCUAGAAUGUGGCCCCCUUUGUUAAUGUUAUCUUUUUCUGCUUGUCAGAAAUUCAGGAGUAAAAAGCCAUCAAAAUUGUGUUGGGGUAUCAACAAAUUGUAAGUCAUAUUGCACCCCUCUUCUACAAAAUCCUGAUUCCACCACUGUUCUAAAACUCAUGAACUCUUGAAUUUAUUGGCUAUGAGGUGGACCGUAACUUUCUGUUGGCUUUGCUAGAGUGACUACGGGGUAUGAGGCUUUAGUUAUUUAUGAAGACCUGUCAAGAAAGCAAAGAGUAUAAUUCAAAAUUUUCUAUUCGAUCUUUAUAGAGUUCGCUCUUAGCGUUUAGUUCACGAUUACUAAUUAAGUAUGUAACGAUAGCACGUCAUACUUGAUGCUUUCGAUUAUUAUAGCCUGUUUGAUUAUAUCUGUCUUAUUUGUAAGGCUAAUUAAAAAAUACAUUAUCCUGUUCUUGUGCUAUAUAAAGUAAUGUGGAUUUUUUUUUCUUCAACUUUGUAUGUUUUAAAAUUGAAUGGAAAGAUUAGAAACAAUUGCAUUGGAUGAACUUACCCCAUUCGGGUAUUACAUUUAUAGGUCUAUCUGUUAAAACAUAUCAGAUAUCAAUGUGUGUCUAGCUGACCCCUAUAUUUGCAUCCAUACUGGUGUAACAUU